AUGUGUUGCAAGUACUAUGGUAACUCCUGUGGCUACGGCUGUGGCUAUGGAACUGGCUAUGGCUGUGGUUAUGGCUGUGGAUUUGGUUCCCGUUAUGGCUGUGGCUAUGGAACUGGCUAUGGCUGUGGGUAUGGCUGUGGAUUUGGUUCCCGUUAUGGCUGUGGCUAUGGAACUGGCUAUGGCUGUGGAUACGGCUCCUGCUCUAGCUGUGGAUACGGAUCUGGCUCUGGCUACUGUGGCUACCGGCCAUUUUACUUUAGAAGAUGCUAUUCUUCUUGCUGCUAA